UCCCUAGGCCGUUUGCCCAAGGGUUGCAUAGGCAGGGACAAAACCCACAACACAUUUUUACCUGCUAGAUCUGCAGAGGAUAGAACCAAACUGUCAAGGAUUAAGUGAUUGGAAAGUAGAUGCAGCUGAAGUUCAUUAAAAGAUAAGAUACAGCUGGCAUGCAGCAACAGCAGGACAGAGGUGCAGAGCAACUUGGAUACCGACUGAGAGGAGACUGCAUUUCCUUAACACCAGUAGAUGGAGGAGUUGGCUAGAGAGAGCAUCGGCUUGUUAGCCAAGCCUACUCUGGAGUCAGGCAGCCCAAACUUAUCCUCUGCUGGGGCUGUCUUUAUUAUGCUGAAAUCAUCUCUUGGAGCAGGACUUCUUAAUUUUCCAUGGGCUUUCAAUAAGGCUGGAGGGAUCACUACAGCUGUUCUUGUGGAACUGGGCUCCUUAAUAUUCCUAAUCAGUGGCCUAGUGAUCCUGGGAUAUGCCUCCUCCAUCAGCACCCAGUCCACAUACCAGGGCGUAGUCAGAGAAAUCUGUGGGUCGGCCAUUGGGAAGCUCUGCGAGAUCUGCUUCAUUUUAAAUCUCUUCAUGAUUUCUGUAGCCUUCCUCAGAGUUGUGGGCGAUCAGCUGGAAAAGUUAUGUGACUCCCUCUACGUGAACGUGACUCUGAGUGGAGAAGGGCCGCCUCCUCCCCAGCACUGGUAUACAGAUUACCGCUUCACCCUGACUGCCCUGUGCGCCCUGGUCAUCUUCCCUCUGUCUGUGCCCAGGGAGAUUGGGUUCCAGAAAUACACCAGUAUUUUAGGUACUUUGGCUGCUUGCUACCUGACCCUGGUGAUUAUAAUAAAAUACUACCUAAGAACGGAGCAAGUUAUCAUGCAUGAGCACCAUUAUUCCUCAAGGGUGUCUUCCUUGGCUUCCAUGUUCAGCGUCAUCCCAACGAUCUGUUUUGGAUUUCAGUGUCAUGAAGCCUGCAUUGCCAUCUACAGCAGCAUGCACAACAAGAAACUCUCCCUUUGGAUCGUGGUGUCUGUGCUCUCCAUGCUCUUCUGCCUGUUGAUUUAUUCUCUUACAGGGCUUUACGGCUAUUUAACCUUUGGUGCUGAUGUUGCUGCCGAUAUUCUGAUGUCAUACCCAGGAAAUGACCUGGUCAUCAUUAUAGCCCGGCUACUCUUUGGCAUCUCCAUCAUCACCAUCUACCCAAUUGUUCUCCUGCUGGGGAGGUCUGUCCUACAGGAUGUCUGCCUGAAUGACAAGUGCAGGUCUGUCGUGCUCCUGGAGCCUUAUGAGAGGUAUACGAGGAUUGUGCUGACUGUCACGUGGAUCAUAGUGACGCUCGUCAUUGCUCUGUUUGUCCCUGACAUCAGCGAGGUCAUCAGUAUUAUUGGUGGCAUCAGCGCGUUCUUCAUCUUCAUCUUUCCAGGGUUAUGUCUAGUAUGUGCAAUGGAAACGGAACCCAUCGAACCAAGGAAAAAGUCCUGUUUGAUUGCUUGGGGUGUCAUCUCCAUCCUCUGUGGAGCUUUUGUCUUUGGCCAGAGCACCACCAUUGCUGUCAUGGAGCUGGUCUACAAAUUCUAGCUGCUUACAGGUACCCAGCAGCCUUCAGCAAGUUGCACAUAAUUUGAUCCCCUACAGUGUGACCUGUUUGGUGCAACCCCCAGGCAACCAUGCUUGCAAAGAACAAUGCAUCUUACUGGAGGACAGCAUGGUUUCCAAAUGACUGAUGGGUGUUUCUCAGCCUUUCCUUGUUUACGUUCACUUUAGUGUUAAAAAAAUAAUUAUUUACACAGUUUCUCCUGUUUGCUAAAUCCAGGGAGCCAGUUGGCUAGAGCAUUACCAUGCAGAAGGGUGCCGGUCAAACAACAUAGUGAUGCUGUAAGAUCAUUGCACCUCCUCACACCUUUAUAUAUUCUUCCCUUCUGAUGUUUGAUGGUACAUGGUUUCCUUCCAUCAGAGCAACCUCCAAGUAUCAGCCAUUGCAGGAGAAAGGGCAAUCCAAGGUAUCCCUGAUACUCCCCUCUUCAAACUAUAGCCUGUUGCUGUCAUCUUCCAGCUUUCUCAAUGGGUUAUACCAUUCCCAUUGGGUUGCCCUUAUUACACAUGUUCAAAGCAAAAACUAGACACCCAUUUACAGCUGUGGGAGUGUGCGUUCUGGAAAAAGGGCAAAUCCUUGAACUAUUCUGUUUUGUAUUUUACAGAUCAUAGCGGUAUUGCUAGAACAGAUACAAGUUCAACUCUGGUCAUGGACCUUCUGUAAAUUCUAAUGCUUGUACUAGUGUAACACCUUCAUGCACAUGUCUCCACAGCAGUUAGAGAUGCAAUGGUAGCACCUGUAGACAGCUUUGAUCACCUAGGGUCCUGUGGCGUCACUGCUAUUGUUACUUGAGCGAGCUAGGUCAAUCUGUACAGCUGCAGUCACAGCUCUGACGGCAGUAUAGACAUUCCGGUACUGCCAUCUCACCUUCAAUAUAAGGAUACUGGCGUUCCCCACUACGUAGAACAGUGAUUUUGUGCAAAAUUGCCCUUUCUUUUCCACCUACCCUUGUAAUGAAAAAUGCAUCAAAAUAAUUCAAGUUCACAAAACUACUUCCAUUCAUUUUCCCUGUUGAAGAGCAAGGAGAGAUUAGAAUAAAACCACCACCAUUUCCCAGUUACAUUUUAUUUGGUCUCUGUAUUAUCUAACUGUACAUAUCCUAAUAUUAAAUUCCUUACAGGUUGUACGUCC